AUGAGACAAAAUAUUAAGUCAGAUUUAUUCAUUGAAAUUGCUUACAUUAUUCUUUUAAGUUGGAUAUACCAUUUUAGCAAUGAUACAAGUACUGUUAACAAAUCCUUCCAUGAAACCAACAUCAUUGUUAUAAAAUCAGGUACAAUUUCUUAUCGAUUACUAGCAAAAUGCAAACUAGAUAGGUAUUCAUGUAAUGUAAAUUUAAUAGAAGGUAUACCAACUAACAAAGUUAACGAAAAAUAUUAUAUAUCUAAUUCUGAAAAAAGAUCUACAGAAAAGAAUAAAUAUUCAAAUGGACAUUCGUCAAGAAGUCGGACAGGCCACAAACAAGAUAUGAAAAGUAAAUGUUAUAUAUUUGAAAAAAAUAAAUGUUCCUAUAUGGAAAAAAAAAUAUUUAAAGAAUUUGAUUUUAUAGAUUAUCUCAAAAAUAACAGGACAAUUAGUAAUAAGAUUUACAAAAAAGUAAUACGCAAAAAAUACGGAUUACAAAUAGCUACACCUGUAUUAUUAUUCUUUUUGUUGUUAAUAUUACUAAUAGUAGAUUUUUCAUUAGGUAUUUCAAUUGAAAAAAGUUUGCUGAUAACUUUAGUUAAGUGGGACCCUCUACAAGUUUUGAAUUCGGGUUGGUUUUCUUUUAUUUUUAAUAAGGUUAAAGGUUUAGAAUGGCUCUGGAAGUCAUCACUAUGGAAUACAAGUAGUAAUUCACUGGGAGAUGUUCGAAAGAAGAAUGUAUUAUUAGGACAUAUGAUUGGUGUUCCAUUAUAUUUCUUACCUCUUUUUUUACUAGGUAUCAUAUUUAUAUUUGUGCUUGUUUAUUACCAUAAGAAAGUUAGAAAAUAUGAAAAAAUUAAAUUUAAGAAAAGGUAA